UGAACAGGAGAUAGUCAAUACUCGUUUUCAGAUUAGUCCUUCUGGAAAGCUUGUUCAGAUUGAGCAUGCUUUGACUGCUGUUGGCUCUGGACAAACUUCUCUCGAAAUUAAAGGUUUUGCAUUCCUUUGAAUUCUCUCAAACUAUGCCGCCAAAAAAGUCCAAGAAGAAGAAUAUAUCAACUCAACAUGAAGUCACACAACCCCAACCCAAUCAAUCCCAACCUAUUCCAUAUCUUAUUCAACCCCAACCCACUCCACCUCAACCUAUUCCAUAUCUUAUUCAACCCCAACCCACUCCACCUCAACCUAUUCCAUAUCUUAUUCAACCCCAACCCACUCCACCUCAACCUAUUCCAUAUCUUAUUCAACCCCAACCCAAUCAACCUUUAUCUCGAUCACGGCCUAAACCCACCCAAUCUCACACUCAACCUUCUCAACCUCAUCCUAGUCAACCUCAAUCUCGACCUAUCCCUUCUCAACCACAUCCUAGUCAACAUCAAUCUCGAGCUAUCCCUUCUCAACCACAUCCUAGUCAACAUCAAUCUCGAGCUAUCCCUUCUCAACCUCAACCUCAUUCUCAACAUCCAUCUCAUUCUCGUCCUCAUUCCACCCAAUCUCACCCUUUACCAACUCAACCCCAACCCAAUCAACCUCAAUCUCGAUCACGGCCUAAACCCACCCAAUCUCACACUCAACCUUCUCAACCUCAUCCUAGUCAACCUCAAUCUCGACCUAUCCCUUCUCAACCACAUUCUAGUCAACAUCAAUCUCGACCUAUCCCUUCUCAACCACAUCCUAGUCAACAUCAAUCUCGAGCUAUCCCUUCUCAACCACAUCCUAGUCAACAUCAAUCUCGAGCUAUCCCUUCUCAACCUCAACCUCAUUCUCAACAUCCAUCUCGACCCAUCCCUUCUCAAAUUAUGGUCAUUGAAGCCCCAUCUUCAUCUAGCCAUGUUAGUGGAGACACCGUUGGAACUAAAAUCCCAAUACUUCCGGAAGGUGAUGGGUUUGAUCAUCAUAAAUUGGUAGUUGCAGAAAUUUCCCACAUCAUACGCACUCAUUUGAGUGAGGGAAAACCAUCAUGGAAGAAAUUAUCAUCUAAUCAAAGAGAUUCUUUCUUUGACUUAUUUCAGAAAAAGUUUUCAUGGCCACCGGAACACAAGGUUACGGUGCGACGUAACUUUGAAAGAAGAGGUGCAGCAAAGAUGUCUCAGCUACUACAAGAUGUUCGCAAAGACUUGGAGUAUAGACCGGGUUGGAUGGGAGCUGAUGUGUGGCAGCAAUUAUUGGAACAUUGGAAUUCGUUAAAGUUUAAAAAAACAUCUGAGACGAAUAAAAGAAACCGGUCUUCUAUGGAUGGCGCAUCUCUUCACACUGGAGGGUCUAUUCCUCAUCGUUUGCAUUGGAAAAGAAUGAGAAAGGAAAAGGGUGCAGAUCCAUCAUUGACCGAGUUCUAUUUUCGCACACAUCGGAAAAAGGAUCAAAGUUGGGUUGGAGUUCAUGCUGAAUCUGCAUAUGAUAAAUUUGAACAGAAAAAGUUGGAGAUUUCUUCUCAGAAUCCAACUAUUCCAGGAGAGGACGAAGCUGAUAGUCAACCAACUAAUGAAAUUCCACCUGAUUUGGAUAUAUGGGUAGAGUCGGUUGGAAAGAAGAAAGGGAAUAGGGUAUUUGGUCUUGGAACCGCAUCUAAGACUUUGGUUUCUGUAUCAAAGAAACCCUCAAGUCUUUCAAGUGACUCUCAAGAGGUUGAUGUUUUGAGAAGUCAAGUCCACGCCUUAAAUGCAUCGUUGCAAAGACAAGAACAAGAGAAGAUGGUGAUGAGGCAACAAUUGCAUCGACAAGAAGAAAAGAUGGCCGAAGCGAAUAAUAAAAUUUCAUUUUUAAUGAAUCAUUUAGGAUUUGUUGGUUCUUCUUCUCAUCCACCACAACCCACUAAUGAAAGUGAUCACGCAAAUGAAGAUGUCGUCGAUGAAACAGAUGAAGAAGACCUUAGUAAUGAAUUUUGAUUUGUACUUUUUUUU